GUGGUGGAGUUCAAUGAUUGACCUCGUUUCAACACUAACUAGUCACAAGACAUUUUAGAGUUUUCUUGACUUGUAUUUUAUAUGAGGAAUAGGAGACGUGAUCCUCUGUAAAUGAAACUUUCGAUACACACAGCGACCAUCAACCGUGCCCCAAACCAUAUGCAUCCUAAUAGACUAUAAGAUGGCUGUCGUGUUGGCUGCCGUACGAAUGAAGAUGUAAUUACUUUGACUUGUACUCAGUCAUGUAAAGAGAGCACCAUCAAGUUAGAAGGUCCUCCAGUCUUGCUUGGCAGGCUGAUUUUGGUAAUUACAAACUCUACGGGUUCCAAACAGAAAAGAGACAGUAGAUGAGAAUAUGGAUAAACACAUCACCUCAAAAACAUGAAAAAAGUCAAGUGCGUAAUCGUCGGGAAUGAGGAUGUCGACAAAAAGGAAUUAUUAAUAAGAAUUUCAACUGAUUUAUCUCCAAAGAAACCAAAUGAAACAUCUGCAAAAAGUUCCAUCGAAAAAGUGCUUGAUUCGACGGCCUCGUGUAUCAAUGAAGAGGGGAAAGAGAUCGAGCGUUUUAAGGUUUUGCACAAUGAGCAAAAUGUGCAAUCUGAUGACGACGAAGAAGAAGAAAUUCCUGAUCACUGGAAAGGAGAGAUAAGUGUGGAGGGAAAAUCUUAUGAACUUUCUGUGAUAAACUCGAACAGUGAAGAUGCCUUCCAACAGUCAAGAACGUCUCUCUACCGAGAAGCAGACAUAUUUCUUGUUUGUUUUUCUGUUUCCAAUCUAUUUACGAAUUCUCUCGAAGCCGUGGUUACGAAGUGGGUUCCUGAAAUUCGAGAAGUCUGUCCUGUUACGCCUUUUAUUCUUGUUGGAACUCAAAUUAAUUGGAGAGAACUUUUUGACCCUACUGAUCCUUCACAGCGUCCAAUUUCCCCAGAGACUGGAGCUCUCUAUGCCGAGAAAGUUGGUGCUGUAAGGUAUAUGGAAUGUUCUACAGACGAUAGUGCUGCAGUCAGGUAUAUAUUCAACGAAACAGUUCGCUUCUGUUUCAUGGAUCGCAUGGAACUCUCGCAGCUUCACCCAGACUACGUGAGAUUUGGUACUACGCUCCUUCACCAAGCAGUGCAGGUCAAUCAUGAGCCUUCUGUCGAAGCUCUUGCGUAUGUCAUGGAUAUAAACGUCAAAGACAAAGCAGGUCGUUCUCCUUUAGAUCUUGCACUUCGCAAUUCCAACACUGCAUCAGCAAGGUGUUUGAUCAAAAAUGGCUGCGUAGUUGGGCUUUCUAACGAGGACUGGCGAAAACGUUGUGAAUUCUGGAUUGACAAUUAUGAGAGGUUGAACAAAGUUCAUAAGAAUAUAAACGAGCUCGCAGGAAAGCUGUUGAAUUUGUAUGCAAGUUUACAAGAUCCGUUACAGUCAAAUCUUAUCGUGAUUGGUCAGCAUGGGAUCGAGGUUUCUAACUUUUUAAUGAAAUCAGCACCUUUCAUUUCAAUCCAGACUAUAGCUAUUAUCAACUGUCAGGGUUCUUGCAGUUUAAAUUUCUCUCAUCUGAAUUACUCGCUACGCACUCUCACCAUUACAAACUGUGAUAUUGGAGGGGAGAUUCCGAAUUCGAUUUUCUCGAUCAUGAAUUUGGAAGCUCUUUCAUUGGUCGACAAUAGCAUCACAUCUGUGCCUGUUGGAUUGUCAAAGCUCAAAAGCCUACGACGCCUGCGGUUAAGCCGGAACAAAAUAAAAUCACUACCUGAUGCCAUUAGCGGGCUUGUCAAGCUAAGGUUCCUUUUCUGUGAUAAUAAUCUGCUAGAACGAUUACCAGACCAAAUAGGAUGCCUCGGAGAUCUAGAAGUCCUAGAUAUAUCACAAAAUAAGCUUGAAAAGUUGUCGGUAUCGCUGGGUCUACUGACGAAAUUGAAGUGCCUGAAGUAUUCUGACAAUCGCUUGAUUUUUCCRCCAGCAGAAGUAAUAAAGCAAGGUUCAGAUGAAGUAUUAGAGUUUUUGAAUACAUUCCUUGAUGAACCCGUUCGAAACACACAAGUGAAGGUUACAUUUGUGGGCGGUGAAGGAGUUGGUAAGAGCACUUUGAUAUCAGUUCUGAGGUCAAAGAAAUCCAGUGUAUUGACGUCAACGGAUAAGACAUAUGGUAUUGAGAUUUCUGACUUUGAGUUGCAUCAUGCAUUGAAAAUGAAAGUGUUUGAUUUUUGUGGUGACCCGGCGUUUUUAGUCCCACAUUCAUUAUUCAUUACGGAAAACAGUUUGUAUCAAGUGUGUUUCGAUAUGAGUCAAUACGCCAUCAGCAAAGCCGCAGGUUUAACAAUAAAUCAACUUGGAAGAUUGCAGUUAUGGCUGGAAAUCAUCCACUCACGAGCACCGGCUUCCCACGUGAUAAUCGUUGCCACUAAUGUGGGCCACCCGAAUCUAACCGAUGAUCUUCGUAAUCGUGUCCGAGAGGACGUCGAGGAAAUGAUUUCCCGAUACCGAGAGGAACACAAGAAGCAGUUUGAAGGCGAAUCUGUUGCACAGUGCGCGCUCUGUGAUGGAACGCAUUUGUGUGAUGUCAGUUCCUCACAUUUCUAUAUUGAAGAAAACAGCUCCCGAAGUACUUAUCCAUCAGCGAAACCUGAGCCCUGUGUGCCUCACAUAGUUGGAUAUUAUGAGGUGAGUUGUAAGGAACAAUAUCCUAAAGUCUUAUUGGGCACCAAGAAUAUCAGUCUACAAAAGUACAAAUGCAAUUUGUCGAUGAAGAUGGAUAUUUUGCUUAGCACUGGGUACUUAAUUCCGCACAAAUGUCUUUACAUUCGAGACAGAAUUCUAGAGAUUUUGAAUAGCGAUCAGCACUUGCAAGAACAACCAAUAUUUACCCUAACAGGGGUACGGGAAAUCGCCCUUGGAUGUGGAAUGAAAGACGAGUUUAAACUCAAGGCAAUGCUGAGGUAUUUUCAUAAUCAAGGAGAGUUUCUUUGGUUUGAAGACAUUUCUGAGCUGGAUGAUGUUGUUAUCGUAAAACCUCAAUGGCUUGCUGACAGGUUAAGAUCACUAUACCUACCACAUGAAGGAUCCAACUUCAUUAACGACGGGAUCCUUAGGACCGAUUAUCUGGAAAAGAUUUGGCCUGAUUUAAGCAAAAGCGAGACGGCUCCUUUUCUUUCACUUUUCAGAGGCUUGGGUCUCUCUUUUCCGUGCUCAGAUGUAGAAGAGUUGUUUCCCAACCUCCUUCCUCACGGUUAUCCUGAUAGAGAGUGCUGGCCUAAACAGCCUUUACCAGGCAGCUAUCAGAUUACUGUUGAAUUUUUCUUUAGUUUUCUACCCCCGUCUUUCUUUAGUGACCUCAUCAUUGCAGCAAACAAACGAGAGUUAAUUUGUCCAGAUCUUGCAGAACCGUCGUAUUUUAGGUUCAACUUGGUAUUUGCCACGAACCUUAAAGCCUGUGAAGGCUGUAUGAUACAUAAUAAGGAAGCCCAACUCAAUCCACUACAAGACAGUUCUUCUGACCAGAAGCAUACUGUCCACCUGGAGUCUUUGCCACAGGAUAGAACAAUUAGAGCCACAGUACGUGGACCAUCGCCAUGUUGUGUUAUGCCAGAAAUACGGGUGGCUAUUAAGUCCGUAUCUGACGUCUUUUACCAGGGAAUUAAGUUUAUUGAGACAUUUGUCUGCCCUACUUGCGAAAUCACCAAGUUUAUAACAUCCAAGAAACCGCAGUAUAUUUUGAAAAUGAAAGAUGAAGAAAACAUCUGUGACAGAGGACAUUCAGUCGGUAGUAAAGUUGAUAUUGUGAGUGGUCGGAUACCAUUAGAAGUCCAUCUCACCGUYGUCAAACCAAAGACAGCUAUUGGAGCAGCAGUUGAGAAUAGUCGCAACGUCCUCGAUGAUUGGUGCUGUCCCAAGCUCUUCAUCGUCCUGCCAAUCGGAUUCAAAAGCCCUCCAUUUCGUGAUUGCAUAGUUAUGGAUCACGUGACAGAUGGCCAUGCAGUUCACUUUCUCUGUGAAUGCCCUGGGUAUUGGCAUUUGAUAGCAGCCCCUGGCUAUCGCGUACGAAACCUGAAUGAGUUCUUUGAAAUAUUUGGUCCUCGCAUUUGCAAAUUGAUGAAGUUGAUCUUCAUGACUGGUGAAGAUAAUAGCGAGACACACACCUACGCUUCCCUUAAGGAUAUUUUGCUUAAAAUAGUCAUUGGAGAUCCAUCUCUUAAAGAAAUAAUGAUUGAAGAUAUCAGAUCAAUUCUUGAUCAUUACUGUAAUAUUUAUCCUAAUCUGAUCCAAGGGUGCUCUUCCUUUCUCUACGAAGAUGUUGAGUAUUUGGUCUCUGGCAAAGAUCUAAGCCGCGCCAAGCUAGCCCGUCUCCUUGAAAUAUUUCCCGAAGGAAGAAAUUUUGGCCCUCUAGUUUGUACGUACAGUGAAAGACACAAAGAGAAAAUGUGGCUUUGUAGAAAGCAUGCUCAGCCAGUAUCAAGAGGAAAUCAAGGAUGUCAUUAAACCUCAA